GUGCUCUCGCGAGAUCUGGGGCAAAUUCCUGUUUAGAGACGGAGCAGAGCUCCUUCUCUUCAACAAUUUGUCUGCAGUAUGUUGUCCCGCUUACUGAAAGAUCACCAAGCUAAGCAAAAUGAACGCAAAGAGCUACAAGAAAAGCGGCGGAGAGAAGCAGUUGCAGCUGCUACACGUCUCACUGAAGCACUUGUGGAUCAUCUGAAUGUUGGAGUGGCCCAGGCCUAUGUGAAUCAACGGAAGCUGGAUAAUGAGGUAAAAACUCUGCAGAUCCAAGCAGCCCAGUUUGCCAAGCAGACUCAGCAGUGGCUUGGUAUGGUGGACAACUUUAACCAGGCACUAAAGGAAAUUGGUGAUGUGGAGAACUGGGCAAGAAGUAUUGAGAUGGACAUGAGGACUAUCGCCACUGCCCUAGAGUAUGUCUAUAAAGGACAACUACAACCUGCAACGUGAUGCUUCGUUUGUUGAUCAAGAAAUGGGCACUUUCUGAGGAAGAAAUGGAAUCGCCUUCAGAAAAUAAAGCUGCAAUUCUAAACACAAGCUUUGUAAAACAAGAUUUCCAAUAGGAAGAAUGCAGUGAGACUGGAAUGCCCUUCUUAAUUCUAAUGAAGAUGAGAACUAUACAUAUUCCUCCCACUGUGAUGACUGUUAGCUACAAUAAUCUGAAAAUGAAUGUGCUUAUGCAGGGCUCAGUGCAUUUCCCUGAGUGUAAUAGUCCAGAAACUAGAAUGUUCAUAUUAAAAUCCCUGCAGACCUAUUUCUUAUUUGACUGCAAAAAUGAUGGGUGCCUUUUCCAGUUGUUAACUUUGUUUUAAAAUAAAUUCAUCCCUGAGUAUGUGGCAGAAAUAUUCAGUGAAAUGCUGCCUUUCUGAAAAGAAUAUUAUUGCAAUUUAAUUAAUUCCCUUUACAAACCCUUAUCCUCGGCCAAACAUUUUGCAACGUGUGCUGUGUAAUACUGUAAUUGUUUGCCAAAUAAAGGUUAUUAUUGCUCUUCAUUAUUACAAUCUUAUCAAUGGAAUAAUGUCAGUUGCCAGUUAAUAGUUGUUUCUCUACCUUUUGAUUCCAUUGUCAUGCUGACACAUUCCUUGCCAAACCAGUCAAUGUUGAUGCUAAUUCUUCUUGAAAUGCAUUGGUGAUAUAUGUCCUCAUUCACCAACUUGUCUGUUGCAUCAGUUGCUUUUCUUUGCAAUGCGCUGUAUAUUUAGUGGCCACUUUAUUAGGUAUAGGAGUGGAACCCGGUGUGUGGUCUUCUGCUGCUGUAGCUCUUCUAUUACAAGGUUUGACAUAUUAUGCAUUUAGAGGUGCUUUUCUGCACACCACUGUUCUAACACGUAGUUAUUUGAGUUCCUGUCGCCUUCCUGUCAGCUUGAACCAGUCUGGCCAUUCUUUGAUCUCUCUCAUUAGCAAGGUGUUUUUGCCCACAAAACUGCACUCACUGAAUGUGUUUUAUUUCUUGCACCAUUCUCUGUAAACUCUAGAGACUGCUGGGUGUGACACUCACAGGAGAUCAGCAGUUUCUGAGAUACUCAGUCCACCCUGUCUGGCACCAACAAUCAUUCCACAGUCAAAGUCACUUAGAUCACAUUUCUUCCCCAUUCUGAUGUUUGGUCUGAAUGACAACUGAACCUAUUGACUAUGUCAGCGUGCUUUUAUGUAUUGAGUUGCUGCCACAUGAUUAACUGAUUAGAUAUUUACAUUAAUGAGCUGGUGUACAAGAGUACCUAAUAAAGUGACUACUGAGUGUA